GAUGACAAACUUGGAACAAUUUGACUACGACUUCUACCAAUCUAAUUAUAACAUUGAUAAUCAGGAGCAGAGUUAUAAUGAUUCUAAUGCCUAUGGAAAUCUUUAUGGAUCUAGAAAACAACAAGCCAGUGAGCAGCCUCAGCCUGCCUUCGUCCCACCAGAGAUGCUCGUGUCAUCAAGUAAUGCGGGGCAAUUCUUUCAGCCAGCAUCCAACCAGGAUUAUUAUUCACCAUCUUCUUACAUUGACAGUUUUGAUGAAGAGCCUCUUUUACUAGAAGAACUUGGAAUUAAUUUUGAUCACAUAUGGCAAAAAACCUUGACAGUGUUAAACCCACUGAAGCCAGCAGAUGGCAGCAUUAUGAAUGAAACAGACCUCACUGGGCCCAUCCUGUUCUGUGGGGUCCUAGGAGUUUCCCUAGUUCUGGUAAUGGACAGCACCAAGUACCAGAUUUUAAUGCAAGUCCUUUCAAAUGUCAUUUUUGAAGAGGUUUUUGUAAAUACGGAAGAAAGUAUAUCACUUUAUGAAGUGAAAAUUGUUUGA